CGCGUAUUCAUUUUUCAAAACUGGUUUACCGUUAGAAAUCCAAAAGAUGAUGAAAUACCCAAGCCACCACGUUACCAGCCAUGAGUCAACAGAAUUUACCAUUCGAAUCAAAUUCACACCCAAACAUCGAGCCGGACACAUAAAAUGACUCAAACGCCGCCCGAAGUACACGAUAUCGUCUAUCCGAGCCCCAUCACGCUUAAAGAAAUCUCAUCCAUCGUAGCAGUAGUGGAACUAUGGCAGGAAGAAAUCCACACAUACCUCAAUAAAAGUAAGCCUUCGAACAAAUUUAAUUUAACUCAAGAAAUUCGACUCGAGGAUAUACUCCCUAAUCUCCCAUCUGCGAUCUACCAUUCAUUGUACGAAUACCUAUACAAGUUUAGAAAUUCCUUGGAGGAAUGGCUUUGCUAUCAUUGGGCUCACGUUUUUGAUCAUAGCACCGAUGAUGACCACUUUUAUUACAUCUUGAGAAAUUUUCUCGAUUUAGUUUGGGACUGGAAUGGAGGCAUUCAUUACGUUCGUACAGCCAAACUAAUGAUGCGAUGCGAUCGAUUCUCUCUAGAUGAGAAAUUCAAAAUAGCUUGUCUGUACUGCUUCGAAAAUGAUAUCGAACAGAUUUGGCCACAUAUUAACACGAGGAUAGAUUUAAAUGAAAUUUAUUUCUACCGAUGUCCGCAAUUAUUCUACUGGAUCUGCUGCUACGGAAACGAACUAAACUGGGUGCCUGUUAAAUGGCCAUGGGAUUGUAUCGAUGAGCAUAUGAUCGAUAUAGGCGAAUCGAAUAACAAAUCAUCGAUGGAGUACUUUUGGAAACGUAUAUCUUCGAAAAGGCGAUUAAAAGUAGCAAUCUAUAUAUUCGAAAGCUGCACCGAUACCGAAUUAUUCGCUAGGUGUAUUUUACCUAAAUUAGGCAAACGAAACCUUAGAAAAUUUGUCAGUAUAAAAGGUGCUAUUUUGAUAUCGCGUCUUUUGCUACAUGAUUUUAAACCAGAAUGCGCUUUGGCCACUUGGAUGUACAUUGGGCACGCGAUGAAGCCAAAUAAUUUUCAAUUUCUAGUCAUGGAUCUGCUUACGACAGACAAAAACCAAAUUUUCGUCAAAGGACGACAGAUAAAUUUAGGGUGUUUUUGCAGCGAGCUAUGGAGUAGUGCUCCACAGCAUCUGAAACAACCAGUACUUGAUAAUUUGGUGUUUAAAAGAUCAUUAUUUUCUAUAAUCAAAACACACACGAGUCCAUGCGAUCUUAAAGACAUGUCAUUUCUCAUCACAAUACUACAGGAUGCUACAGCAGAAGAGAGAACCACAUUUUGGUAUAAAAAUUGGCAGAAUUUGUUAUGCGGUGUACGAGUCGAUCAUUUGGAACGAAUAAUGAAGUUGUGUUUUCGAGACGAUGGCGAAAUUACUUCAUUCAAAGAAGACAUAAUGGCCACAGGCCUAAAUGAAAAUAUCCUACAAUAUGGCGACUGGCUGAUAAAUGCAGGCUGUUUCAACGCCCUCAACGACCUUCUCACUUUCUGCUGUCCCGACACUCAAAAAAGAAGAGAUUUGGCAAAAAGAAUAUUACGAUCGAGUUACCUCGAUGAAUAUGCUGUUUUAUACGUCGACUGUCUGCGUAGCCAUUACAAAUUACUGAACGAAUUCAUCGACAAUGUUUUUGAAGAUGCUGAAUUCGGAACUGAGUUUAAAAAUCAGCUCGCUUUAUCCCCCAGAACUGUCGGUUGUUUACGCAAAUGCCUCGUAUUGGGAGAAUUUACUCGGCUGAUGGAAUUUGUCGAAUCAUUUGCAUCGGACGAAGAAGUCGUGACGCGAUUAAAGACUCGUUUUUUCGAUUACUUCAAACAGUAUAUGAUUUUAGGUCUAAUUCAGUACACGGAUAGCGACGAUAUUCAAAAUAUUCUAGUCUGGUUGCUGGGCGACGAAGACGAAGUCGCUAAAUUUAAGCGAUCUUUACCGAUAGAAGAUGUGUUUCGUAAUGUGGCAGUGAAGCAAGCUGAUCUGAAACGAAUCGAUACUAGCAAUGGUAAAAGGCUCGUUAAAUAUCUUGAAAGUUUCGAUUACUUUUUGACGUGGUAUUUCGAAAAUGCCGAAGAAGAUUCGUUUAAAAAACGAUUUCCAUUAGUCUAUAAAUUAAGGUUGUUCGAUUCUCCAAAGUAAAAAAAAAAAUUCUACCUAUUUAUAAGUACCUAAUAAAUUACUGUGAAUUUUGGUUUUCGCUAGCUGGAUUUUUUUUAUAAGUUGUGAUAGUUAAUCGAUUUGUAAAAAAAUUUUAAUUUAUUGUACCUACCUACUUUUACUAAGUGUAUUAAUGUAUUAUCAAAUUUUGUAAUCCUUUAACACCUUCAAAGAAGUUUUAUAAAUAAAUCUGUUUUUUUCAGA